AUGAAAUUCUUGGUAGUAGUGCUUGUCGCUCUUUUGGGCUGUGCAUUUGGUUUGGACGAAACGUUGACAAAACAUUGGAAAUUAUGGAAAGAACAACAUGGAAAAAAAUAUUUUGAUGCAGAAGAACAUGUUCGUCGGGCAGUAUGGGAAGAUAACUUAAAAUUGGUUCAAACACAUAAUUUACAAGCUGAUUUGGGACAACAUACACAUUGGCUCAAAAUGAAUAAAUUUGCUGAUAUGACAAAUAGUGAAUUUGUUAAACAAAUGAACGGUUACAAUAUGUCAUUACGUACGAAUCAGCCAGCCGAUCGUCAUGAAUUUACACGAUCAUUGAAUGUUAAACUUCCAGACACUGUUGAUUGGAGAGAUCAAGGAUACGUUACAGAUGUGAAAGAUCAAGGACAAUGUGGUUCAUGUUGGGCAUUUAGCGCUACUGGUAGUUUGGAAGGACAACAUUUCAAACAAGCAAUGAAAUUAACAUCAUUAUCCGAACAAAAUUUAGUCGAUUGUUCAGGAAAAUACGGCAAUCAAGGUUGUAAUGGUGGUCUUAUGGAUCAGGCAUUUCAAUAUAUCAAAGAAAAUAUGGGUAUUGACACCGAAGACUCUUAUCCAUAUGAAGCUCGUGAUGAUACAUGCCGUUUCGCAAAAGAGAAUGUUGGUGCUACGGACACAGGUUUCACUGAUGUUACAACAAAAGAUGAAAGUGCAUUACAAGAGGCUGUUGCAACAAUUGGACCAAUAUCUACAAUUAACGUCAUAGUUGAGCUACACCUUCUUGACCAUGGUGUAUUAGCCAUUGGUUAUGGAACAGAUUCCGGUACAGAUUAUUGGCUCGUUAAAAACAGCUGGGGCAAAGGAUGGGGUAUGGACGGAUACAUCAAAAUGACACGAAACAAACGUAAUCAAUGCGGUAUUGCAACAGCUGCCUCAUAUCCAUUGGUUUAA